GUCAGUCAGCAGUUGGCUUUCGUCGUGGUUGGUUCGCCUUUGGAGAAGCGCUCUGAGCCCGCCAAACCAAAAACCCAAAUCCAAAUCCAAACCAAAACCAAAACAAAACAAAAACCCACAAGCCCACCAUUGCCAGUAUAGCAGGUGGAACACAGCGACUAGCUAGUCCUCGCCAAAGUAACUCUCGCUUGGAAAGUGUGCCAAAAACCCUAAUCGCCGCGAAACCCAAACUGUGCGAACCCAAAGUGAAGAAGCUGCAAAAAAUAAAAAAAAAACCAAAAAAAGGAAAAACCCGCCAAAAAUUUUAAACCUGAGAAGUGCCAAGUUGCAGCGAACCCGAUCCGAACAAGUGUUACAAGUGUGUUCUGUGCCAAAGAUACCAGCUUGAACUACAACUUUGAUAUCGUCGCAUUUUGGCAGCGCCUACUCCUCUUCAACUGUCUGGUCUUCGGGCGGAUUCCUCACCCCACGCAGGAUCUACAAAAAAUUGCCAAAAUUCCGAAGAAUCCGAGGAAAACACCAAAAACAUCGACACGUACCGCAUCGGCAACCGGUGGCGGUGGCGGAGGUGCUGGCGGAGGCGCCACCACCAGCACGAAAAUGGCAUCUAAAAGAAAAGCCUCGGUGUUGCUGCACAAGGAAACCAUCCCAGCAACACCGACCGUGACCACCGAUACCACCAGCAGCGUGGUUGGCGUGGCCACCGGGGGCGUAGGAGGAGGCUCCGGUGCGGGUGGUGGCGGCAUCGUCGGCGCGGGCGGACUUCUCGGCGAAGUGGUCAGCGGCCUGAGCGGCGGCGGGGGCAGCGAAUCGGAGGCGUACGCCGGCCUGAUGAAGGACGCCGACAAGCUGAAGCUGAUGCUGCUCGCCUGGAACUACCAGAACUCGACGGCUGUCCGCAACGGAACCGAGGGUCCGGACCUCUCGGUGGUGGGUGGUCUGUGGGCCCAGUACCAGAACGCUCUGGCCCAAAACGCUGCAGCAGCGGCGGCGGCCAGUGUCAAGAUGGACAGUUCGCUGUCGCCGGUGCCGCGGCAGGACACUCACUCGCCCAUGGAGACCCAGGACGAGACAAACUCGUCUGGGCAGAAGGAGGAAGACGAGGUCUCCGAGGACGACUCCGACGACAAGCUGGAUGAGAAGUUGGCCACCACACACGAUCCCGAGCGCCUCAAGGCCUUCAAUAUGUUUGUCCGACUGUUUGUGGACGAGAACCUGGACCGCAUCAUUCCGAUAUCGAAGCAGCCGAAAGAGAAGAUUCAGGCUAUCAUCGACUCGUGCGCCCGCCAGUUCCCAGAGUUCAGUGACAGAUCCCGCAAACGUAUUCGAACCUAUCUGAAGUCAUGCAGGCGCAAUAAGAAGACCCGAGAUGGAUGGGAGAACACGACCCGACCCACUCCCGCUCAUCUCACGUCCGUGCAGGCGGAACAAAUCCUGGCCAUCGCCUGUGAGAACGAGUCCAUGAAUGCCAAGCGAAUGAGGAUUGGCCUGGAGCCCAUUACCCAUGCGGUUCCGGCGCCGGGAAGCGCAGUCGCCGCAGCAGCCGCCGCCGCUGCCGCUGCUGCUGUGGUGGCUGCCACCAGCUCAGGAGCCGGAGGAACUAGCACAACGACCGCUGGCAACGCCACCGUCACCUGCGGCGUGGGAGGUGCCGCGGAUGCUGCCGGACUCACCAGUGUCGCGGCUGCAGCUCUGCCCUUUGUUAGCGCCGUUGGCUUCGCCCGCUCUACCCCCAACUCGGAGCACGCGGAGGCCCUGCCCUUUGGGGCGGCCGGCACGGUAGGAGGCAGCGCGGGUGGUGGCAGUGCGAGCGGCGGUCAAGUGGGCGGUGGCGGGGGCAUGAGCUCGGCGCGCAGCUCUCCCCUCGCCCUCAGCUCGAAUGCCAGCGUGAGUGGCGGUGCUAGUGUCACCGGCCUCACCCUGGCCAAUGGCGCCGGGGCCUCCAACGGAGCCGGUCUGCCGGCCAGCAGUCCCUACACCACGGAUUUCAGCUCCCCUUCGACGGCCUCGCCGUUUGUGGCGGCGGCAGCAGCAGCGGCCGUAGCUGCCGGCCGGGCUCCUAGCUAUCCGGGAUACUUUCCUGGUGUGGCUGGCCUGGGAAAUGUAACGCCCACCGAUCUCUCGAUGAAGCCCAAUAGCCUAGCCUCCGGCAUUGGCGGCAACUUGGUCAGCAACAACAAUAGCAACAACUCCGUGGCCGGCAACAUCAACUCCCAGCUGAGUGCCGCCAACUUGGCCAGCCUGAGCAACGCGAACAACAACAACGCUCUGGUGACCGCCACGCAACAACUGCAGCAACUCCAACAACAACAGCAGCAGCAACAACAACAGCAGCAGCAACAACAGCAGCAACAGCUCCUGGGAGGUGGGGGCGGCAUGGACGGGCAGUCCAACCGAGUGCCGCCCAUCCUACCGCACAAGCUGAGCGCCAACGAGGUGACAGCGGCCCGCCAGGUGAUAUCCGCUUACCGUGAAAGCGCCGCCUUUCUGCUCCGCACCGCCGACCAGGUUGAGCAGCUGCUGGUCCAGCAGCAGUAGAUGGUGGUGGCGGUGGCUAGGAGACGACAAAGGCUGUAGGGAAGCCGAUGGCGGGGGCGCACUCUAGGUUCGAGACCCAAGCGAUGCCAGGCGCGUGCGGGUUGUUCCUAUUUUAAAUUAAAUUUAAAAUGAAUUACACACACACUGCAACACUGCAACACUGCAACACCGAAGCCAAACUAAGUGAAGAAAUAGUCAAACCAUAGAGCAAACUAACGAUGAAAACCAGAAGGUCGAUCGUAAAAGUCGACGGCAGAUUAACGAAAAUAGUCAAAGCGUUCAUUUAAACAAAACAUUUUAAGUGUUUUUUCCUCCAACUACGUACAGCAUAUUUAAAAUAGAAUUAAACGAUAAACAAAAACCAAAAGAAAAAUAUUGCAAAUAUCACAACAGUAACGUACUUAGAGCUGCCUCAGCUAGCUGUAUUGCUUCGAAAACUAUUUUUGUUUAAAAAUUCCAAAAACUAUUCUAUUGACUAUACUAUCCACUGCAUGGAGGGUUUCAAUAUGUUACUUUAAUCUUCCUGUCCUAUAGAAAAGCCUACAAAUUCCAGAAACAUUGCAGACAGCUAAGGUGGCUCUAGUUUAAAAUAAAACCAAGCAACAGUUCAACAUACUACAGUGUCUACUAAAAGUAAACCUACAAUAGCCAUACACACACACUCGCAUUAUUUAGUUUCAACUUUUUAUUAUAGAAUACUUUUGGACUCUCGUCCUUAGGAGAGCCGCAGAUUCCGGGCCCGUUUUCAAAGUGCGCGAUUUGUUAAGAAAAUUAAAAAAAAUAUAAAUAAUAAGUUGAAGUAUUGUUGUACAUUUUAAGCAAAAGAUUUAACAAAAAAUUUUAAGGAAAAAAAAACACAAAAAAAAAAACGUAAAACUAUGAGAAAACACAGGGUGAUACUUUGAAAAAUUAAUACAAUGCAUAAGCUAAAAAUUAAUGAGAAAAGAAACAAAAUGUGUAAAGAAAGUCGGUCGAGAAUGGCAUAGAUGUUGGUAAAUGUGUAUUUAAAGUUUAGAAUUUACAUUUGAACGAUGUUUUCUGGACUAUUAAUUGUGUUUAUCUUUUUGAGUUGUUAACCCCAUUAACUUUCUCUUAGGUGUAUAUAUUUUAAAAGGUUAUUUUGAAAGACAUUUUCGGUUUAACUGUUGCUUUUUACUCGAAUUCGAUUAUGGAAUAAUACAAAUAAACUAAUUAUAUACAAAUAGCCAUUCAUGUUUUUUGCAAAUAUAAAUGUGCAUGUAAAAAUAAGAACACUUGAAAGACACACACUUGAAAGGACGGUAAAGGAUAAAAUAGUGCAUCAGUUAUGUAUGAGUGUGUGGGGGAAGAGGAUUGGAGCAUCGCCAUGCAAGGCAAAUUAUAGAAUUUAACGAUAUAAAUAAAUUGCUAAAAUUAUUUAACCAACAAUUAUUGACUAAACCUAACUAAAUACUCCAAUGAAAUCGAUCGGUAAAUUGCUUGCAAGGCAGAAAAAAACAUUUAUACAGAAUACUUAAACGUAAAUUAAUGUGUGGCAUUUGCGUAGGAGAGUAAACUAAUUAAAUCAUCACGAGGCAACACGAAUGAAACAAGACAUUUUAAAAAUCGAAUUAAUAAAGAAUUUAUGAGAAUUAUAUGUACAUUAAA